AUCCGUCUGCUUCCGGCUCGUCCUGCGAAGAUGACGAAGAUGGCCGCCGCGUUGAGAUCAGGAAGCACAAGAACAGCUUGUACGCGUCUUCCUCCACCCGUGCUCCUUCAGUAGAUCGAGGAAAAGAGUUAAACUCGACGGACGGAGCAGUGGUGGACUGCGUAGCCCUGGUCCAUCUGACAGAUCAAUCACCCACCGAGUCUAAUCAACCGGUGCGUCAUCCAUCACCCUAUUACUACGGCGACCUGUUCAAGGUACCGGAGCAAAUAAGCAAGUCACAGCCGAACAGGUACAGAAAAAGCGUUAGUCUCGACGUACCGGGUGAGCGAUCGCGAACACCCGGUAUACCGAAGAGAAACUCGGUGGCGGGUGAUGGGGGUUCCUAUUCAUCUCAGCAACAACAAAAACAGCAGCAGCAGCAGCAGCAGCCACAGCAUUAUCAGCAGCAGCUACAGCUACAACAGCAUCCGUUACAACCGCAACAACAUUAUCAAAGUCAGGAUCUAGUGAGCCCCACGUCGGGGAGCGAGCAUGCUGUCCCAGCCAGAAACGAGAUCCUCUCGUCGUGCAUCAUCACCGAGUGGGAUCACACCCUCAUGCCUCCUCAUAGAUUGCUAAGCCAUGACCUGCCGACAACGGUCUGUACUUGCGUCGCAUCGGCUGAAGAAGAGGAGGAUGAGCUAGAUCAACGACAGCCGCAACUAACGCGGCACCAAGUGCGCAAGCUACGUCGUACACGAAGGAUAGACCCGCAGCCGAUACUCGUCGAGGACGAGGACGACGUGGAGGGAGAGGACGAGGGUGAGGAAGAGGAGGAGGAGGACGUGGAGGUGGAGGAAGACGAGGAAGAGAUGGCUAGGCAGCGGCACCUCUACGAGACGGCCUUCGACUGCAAGGUCAACCGCUCUGACGAUGACCUCGAUGAUCUCGAUCGGGUUACCAAUCAUCCCGUCUUACAUUCGCAA